CUGGCGGCCUGACGACGGGCUGGGGGAUUUCCUGGGCGGAAGAAGUGGAGGGGGUUUCCAGUGUGAUCAGUGGUGCCUGCUGGAUCUCGCUACACUGGAUCCCCGACAGCUCCCGCACAAAGGACAGCAGCCGGCGGAGCCCCGAACCCGGACCAUGAAGAGAGCCCGGCCCGUGUCGCGCAGGCAUGGUCGCAGCGGUAGGUCGUCGGUUUGAGUCCCAGCGAGAGAGCGGCGAGUCGCGGAGCUGCUGAGCGCAAGUGUGGCCUGCGGAGCAGAUUCAUGUCAUGUCAGCGGGGAAGAGUGCUGACGGGAGGGAGGUGCAGAUACCACUCCAGCAGGUGGCGCCCUCCCUGGCCUCACCCCUCUCUGUGGGCCCUCACAUCACCAUCCCCCCCCACCGGCCAGUCAACCCGUGGCCCUCCAGUGACUCUGCACCUUUGCAAGGUGUGCCCGCAGGCUUCUUGCCUCUUCACGGAGGCUUCCGAGAUCACUUUGUGGAGACCCCGGAGGCCAAGUAUUGCUGCGAGUCGUGCAGGCUGGUCCUGUGUCAGCCACGUCAGACUGAGUGUGGACACCGAUUCUGUCAGAGCUGCAUCAAUGACAUCCUCAGUCGUCCCAACCCAGUGUGUCCGGCUGACAUGGAGCCCCUGGUCAGUAAUAAGAUCUUCAGAGAUGUUUGCUGUCAUCGGGAGAUCAUGGCGCUCAUGGUGCACUGUCGCUGUGAAAACAACGGCUGCCAAGAACAGAUGAGCCUGCAGCAAAUACCCGACCAUCUCAUCGUGUGUCUGUUCUACGAGGUUCCCUGUCCGUUAGGAAAAUGCAAAGAGCGAAUGAUGAGGAAAGAAAUUCCAGACCACUUGAACAAGAAAUGUAAACACAGAGAGAUCAUUUGUGAGUUCUGCAUGGCAAAGAUGCCGCUGACCGACCUGCAGAAACAUAAAGAAACGGUGUGUCCAGCUUUCCCGGUGACCUGUCCCAACUUCUGCUCAUUCCCCUCUCUGACGCGGAGUGAGCUGUCCAGUCAUCAGAACGACUGUCCCAAGGCUCAGAUGAGCUGCCAGUUCCAGCGAUACGGCUGCACCUUCAAGGGGUUAAGCCAAGAGCUGAAACAACAUGAGUCCACCUUCUCAGCAGACCACCUGAGGAUGUUGGCUCUUCGAAACGCUUCCAUAGAGACCAAGGUUGAGGAGGUCAAAGUGGAACUGCUGGACAGGUACAAGGUCCUUCCUGGUCUCAGCAGCCGGCUGACUGAAGUGGAGAGUCAGAACAACGAACAGAGGGAGAAGAAUCGACAAAUCGAUCAGAAACUGACUGCCAUGCAGAAACUGAUGAGCUCUCACUCAGAAAAGCUUCUGGAGGUGGAACUGGAACUCCGUUCUCUUCGGCUGCUCAGAGAGGAGGUGGAGAGUCUGCGUGGAACGUUGGAAAAUGUCCGGACCCGGCUGAGCGCUCUUGAACAGGGAGGACGCAACGCGACCGGAUCCACCACCCACACUCUGGCCACCCUGGAGACGCAGCUGAAUCGGCACGAUGACAUGCUCAGUGUCCACGAGAUCCGACUGGCUGAUAUGGACCUGCGAUUUCAAGUUCUGGAGACGGCGAGCUACAACGGGACAUUGAUCUGGAAGAUCCGCGAUUAUAAGAGACGGAAACAGGAAGCCGUGGCAUCAAAGACCUUGUCACUGUACUCGCAGCCUUUUUACACCGGCUACUUUGGCUAUAAGAUGUGCGCCCGCAUCUAUCUGAACGGUGACGGCAUGGGCAAGGGGACGCACCUGUCGCUCUUCUUCGUGGUGAUGAGGGGCGAGUACGACGCACUGCUUCCGUGGCCUUUCAAGCAGAAGGUGACUUUAAUGCUGAUGGAUCAAGGUCCUGCUAGAAAACACCUCGCCGAUGCCUUCAAGCCGGAUCCCAACAGCAGCAGCUUCAGACGCCCCUCUGCUGAGAUGAACAUCGCCUCUGGCUGUCCGCUCUUUGUGUCCCAGAGCGUCCUGGAGAACGGCACCUACAUCAAGGACGACACUCUCUUCAUCAAGGUGACUGUGGACACCUCCGACCUUCCGGAUCCGUGAACGCUGCGUCUUGCUGUUGUGUAUCCAGCUCACGUGCCUGCGCUCGGCAGAGGGAACCAGGGAGCAGCCGAGAGGCGGCGUGCACUUCGCUCAACCUGAGGACGGACUGCAUAGGGUUGUUCACGUGCAAGUGUCUAUGGAUCAGUGUUAGCGUGGAAAUAACACGGCGACACCUCUGAGAGCACAAGUGCCAGGACAUUGUUGCUGCUCAUUACUGAUGCUGUGCAUCGCUCCUCCUUCUGUUUAUAACCCGUUUUCCACCACACGCUUGGAAAGCCGACGACGCCACAGAGGAGCUCAGGUAGCACUAGUACCAGAUGUGUGGAUUGUUCAGACUAAUCUUUGCAGUUAGAGUUGUAAAGGUAUUUUAUAUCAGAAAACAUGUUAAACCUACUUUUUGCUCUAGUUUGUGGGGGAGGGAGGGAAUCCUCUUUUUUGCUGUGUUUGUCUCAUUUAUUGAAAUGUUUCCAAGGGCUGCACAACAGAUCACAUCAGCCUGACACAUGAUAUUUAUUCAUAUUUAAAUAAAAUGAAGCCAAAAUUGUGUUUUGUUCCAUACAAAGCAUUUAUAAAGCUUUAAAACAUCAUCAAGUUACUAACUUUGUUGAAUUACGUUUACAACCACUGUAAUUGUCUAACAGUAGUCGUAGAAGUUCCGGCGCUCCUCUGUGGCCCCUGGGAGUUCUUCAGUGUCAGAAAUAUUAUUUUUUGAUUUGUCGGCACAGUUUGAAUGUUCGAGUGUGAAAUUAAAACGAA